ACGAAACGACGAACUACGAAUACAGAAUUGGAUCCGAUAACCCAUUGAUCUACAUGUCGCCUAUAUCGAUAUCGAAUCACCUCAAUUGCCCGUCUUCAUAUCCACAAUCGCAUUGUUACCUUUAAGACCCAAAUCGACUCGAAUACCGGACCUGAUUUCGAUUAAACGAGAAAGCAAUUACUUCGGCGUCGCGGCUCGUUCGAGUCGGCGCGCUGCUAAGCAGUCAUCAUGUUGCGUCCGGCUACACCAUUAACGUUGCUGCUCUUUGCAGCCUUCGCCAUGCUCCUGCUCGCCGUCCUGUCGACUCCUAUUAUUAAACCGAUUCCUUUAGGUACAUAUAAAGGCGUCAACUUUGGGGUCUUCGGAUAUUGUGAAGCAGACGGUAAUUGCAGCCCAAUAGAGAUUGGAUAUGAUACAUCAAAAAUAUAUUCUCCUACGGACUCGGCUACGUUUGAUUUGCCUUCUACAACGCGGACAACGCUUUCCGCUAUCCUCGUGGUUCAUCCCGUUGCCUGUCUCCUAACUUUGGUGAUGCUGGUACUUGCCAUUGUCGCCCACCUUCAUUCCCCAUCUCAUUCUUCACGUUAUCUGUUACUACUUUUCAUCUUCGGCAUCAUUACGUUUCUAGUAUGCCUUCUUGCCUUUUUAAUCGAUGUGUUACUUUUCGUUCCCCAUAUGGCUUGGGGCUCUUAUAUCGUCUUGGCUGCUACGCUUCUUGUAUUCUUGAGUUUUAUUAUUUCAUGCGCCAUGCGACGCACCCUAGUUAAUAGAAAGGCGAGGAAGAGGCGAAUCGCAGAGAAUGCCGAGAUGAGUGGAGAGAAUUACUACAACCGCCAGGCUCAACAAGAGGUGCCACCUUCCCCGACUAUUUCACGACAGCCUACUGUUCCUGUGGUAAGUGGAGCAAACGGACCGAGCGAUAAGGUAGCCGGAUUUGCCUCGUUCGAAAAAAGGGAUGAUCGCAGCAGUGAUGAACGUAUACCUUUGACCGCUAGGACUCCUUCGGAUAGGUCUCCAAAUCAUGCUCCUGCCGAUACGAGCAUGUCAGUUUCCACAUAUAAUGUACCGCAACGGACAGACUCUAGCAACUCAGUGCCGAGAGAUCAGUAUGGUAAUCCGAAAGAGCAGCCCCAGGAUGCGUACAAAAUGCGACGAGGUCCGUCUUUCGAGCGUAUCAAUGCACGGGGUCGUGGUGGUCCUCCAGCUGGUUAUAGGGGACGAGGGGGUUAUGGAAGAGGUGGCUACGGUGCUCCCUAUGGUCCACCCGGCGGAAGAGGCGGAUACGGCCCACCACCACCGCCGAAUGGGAGAGGCGGCUAUGGCCCCGGCCCCGGUCGCGGUGGUUACGGGCCUCCACCAAAUGGACGGGGAGGUUACGGGCCCCGUAGAGGUUAUGGACCGGGCGAUAUGAGAGGAGGAAGAACACCGCCACCGACCUAUCCAGGUCCCGGACCAUAUGAUCGAAGACCAUCUCCGGCUAGCGCAUAUGGUGAUUAUGGACCAGGACGGCAAGGAUCACCGGCGGGAGUAAUGAACUCUUAUGACAAUGAGCCACCCGUACCGAGUAUCCCAGCCGGCAUGGCUGAAGGGGGCAACUACCAAGGAUAUAAUCCCGACCGUAUCAGUGACUUACCCCGGGCUGAGUCCCCUCCUCCGAUGCCUGGUAUUGAUGACGCACAUGAAAGGCCAGUAGGUCAAGCGGUAGAGAUGGAUGCUCAUACGGGAAGCCCCGCCCACCCACCUCAAGGCUUCGGUCAGUUUAACAAUCAACUGAGGGAUAGCGAUGCGGAUGUAGCCGGCAUGCUAGCUUUACAACAAGCAAGAACAUCCUCGCCAAACCGUCACGAUACUUUUAUGAGCGAAGGAAGCAGAUAUAGUCAAGAAGGUUCAUAUGUUCCUCCUCGCCAGGGGUGGCAAAAACCUGAGCGGCCGUCACAGGUCCCUGCUCCUCUUCAAGUUCCUUCCCGCCCUCCUCAAGAACUCAACAGUGGGACACCAUCUCCGCAGCCGCAACCGCAACCGCGACCGCAACCAGCGACCGCUAGCAAGGGUGAUUAUUAUGAAGAUGUAGAUCCUCGUUUUGAAGAGCCAGCUCCUAAACCGCAACCGCCACAACUGCAACUGCCGCCCCAGGAUGGGCCAAGUUACGAUGACGUACCGCCUCAGCCUAUGAGUCCAGCAAUAUCCGAACAGUCGGGAUUUACUUCUAUAUCUCAAAGGGGCAUAAACCCUCGUUGGAACCCACCUCCCGGCUAUGGAUAUAACCAGCAGGUGCCACCACGAAAGCCGGUUGGCCGAAACGAAGUGAAUGUUCUUAAUAGUAACCCUGACUUUCAGCUACCAUCAACACGCGGGGGAGCUGCCGGGAGAGGUGGCAUGAUUCCUGGAAGUGCAUAUCCGGGUUUAUAGAAACUUGCAUUCGAUUCUUUCCUAUCCGUUGCGCUAUAGAGUGCGCAAAAGCUACUCAUCUGGCUUUUAAGACGCAUUCGACUACAUAGAAGCAUGUUGUGGUUUCUUAAUCCCAACACAUGCUGUUCAAGCAUUCACAAUCUGACUACGGUCAACAUCUCUUUUCCUAACCUUUAUCCUGAUAUACCCACCCGCACAGGAAACUUUCUAUUCGACAUGUGACUUAUUCAACUCAUAUUCUAACCAUCGACGGCUUGAUGAACGCGGAUUUCUUUGGAUGACAUAUUAAGAAUGAUGGACGAACAUUAUUCGUCAUCAUUUACGAGCCUCUAAUUAAGUCGCGUGUUCUCACGGACUAGGUCAAAAGAGGUUAUGAAGUAGUGCCUUUUAAAGCCCCGAGGCUAAUGUCCGCC